AUGCAGGCGCAGGGCUCCCGCAUGGAGGAGAUCGAGGCCGCCGUGGGCGAGCUCUCGCGCUGCCUGGCCGAUAUCGGCUCCCGGCUCCGGGAUCUGAAGGAGUCCGUUUCGAGCGCCAUGCUGGGGCUGAGCCUGCAGGCUCUGGAGCAGCUCCUGGCCACCCAGCGCAGCCAGAACGCAGGUGCCGAGUCUGCGCCACUGCCCCCAGCGGACCAGCUCCAGCAGGCCGCGGCGCUGGAGGCGCCCACCGUGGUGGGGUCAUCCAGCAGGCGUUCGCCCGCCAGGCGGCCCUCGUCGCCCGCUCAGCAGCCAUCCGCCGAGGCCAGCGAGCCGCCGCCCGACGCGUCGGCCGCGGCGGCCCUCUCCGAGGGGCAGACUCAGGCCCCGGAGUCCGCCAAGACGCUGACGCCUCGCGGGACGUCGAGGCUGACUUCUGCGGCGGCCCCGUGCGCAGGCAAGCCGGCGGAGGUGCGCACCCUGAUCCAGGCCCUGAAAGCCUCCCAGCCGCCCCGGGACAGGAGGGUCAGCCGCUGCAGCGUCAGCGCGAGCCACAGCGAGCUCGGCGCUGCAGGCGAGAGCCUCGGUGGUCUCUGCGACACAGGGCACGAGGACAUCUGCGAGGCCAAAGCAGAUUGGAUGUGCAACGUUUGCACUUUUCGUCGCACUGGCCUCCCCCUCAUCAAGUAUGGCAGCAACGAGAAGUGCUUCAAGUGUAAGCUCCACAAGGGCGUGUGCUUCAAGCAGGUCGUGCCCGACGACGCCCCGAACCGCAGCACCAAGCGCAAGCCUCCUGGGGGCGAGCCAUCGGCAGCUGGGAUGGCCAAGCUUGAGAAGAGAUUGCAGUCCCUCGAAGCAGAGAACCAGUGCCUUCGGGCGCCACAAGACGGAGCGGCGGCUGCGGAUGAGACUAAUGGUGCUGAUGAGCUGCGUGAAGAAAUCGAUGGUCUGGCCAAGCAUGUGCAGUGGCUGGGGUCCGUCAAGCUGCCCUGGGCUGCUCAACCUCUCCUAGCGGCACGAGAGCAGUUGGAGGCAGCCCGUCGGAAGCUAUAUGACACUAAGCCCCUACCGGCGAAGCUUACGGCGCUUUCGAGAAGAGCUGAGCAAGCCCGUCAGCGUCUGCAGAAGGCCGAGCAGGACAAGCUCGCAGCGGACAAAGCCCUGGCAGCCGCACAGCUUGCAGCCACGUCGGCGGCGAAUGUCGUCGAGGAGCGCAAAAAAACUGUGGAAGAUCUGGAGGAAGACGUCAGGGCUUUGUCUUCGCAGCCUGCCCCGCAGCCGAUGGCCGUCGACCUCACGGGGCCAGAGUUCCACAUCUGCGAGGAGAAGUUGCUGGCCUGCUUGGGAGCCAUGGAGGGGGUUUCGGAUGCCAGCAAGUUGGCGCCCAAGCUGGUCGAGGCGCUCAAGUCUCGGGCUGCGGAGCUUCUGGAGGAACCGUCUGAGAAGAAGACGAAGCGUGAGACGUCCCAGCCGCCCUCGCAGGACGUGGCUGACUUCGUGGCGGAGAAUGCGGAGGAGCCCACCUUGCGUGAGAAGGCCAUGCAGUUGGCGGCAGGUGGCUACAGACGAGUCGUCUGCACCGCGGUCGUCCCCGACCUCGAUUUCGGCUCAGGGCGCUGCUCGGACACUUCGGUGGGCAGCAGAUUCCGAGCUGGCUCCCUUGGUCUCUUUCGCGCUGAGAUCGUCCACGGCGGGGGGCCAACCUGCAACGACCCGCGCUGCGACUGCCACAUCGCCAGCGACAUCGCGCCCCCCUUCAUCAGGAGCGCGGGUGUGAUCGAGGCAUGGCUGAAGUGCAAGAACCCCAUUGCGGCGCUCAUGAUCAGCCUGCUCAGGAUCUGUUGGAAGUUGCCGGGCCCGUUUACGUUACUUGACGACGAAGGACCCAUCGCCUGGCAGUCGAUCUCGGAGGCGCUGCACGGCAAGCGCCUCGCGCCCCAUCAGAGGCACUCGCUUCGGGGUGUGAUCACUGGAGUCCGUGGUGGCUGCCUGCACUUGUUCAGUUUCAGUUUCCCCGAGGACGUUGUCGACGACGGGCGGGGCGGCCUCCUGCUGCGGAAGCCGUUCUUUCGGGAGUUCGGCACCGUGCUGAACCUCAGGUGGCUACUGAUACUCCUUGCGCUCAGGAUCGCAUUGGUCGACUUCUUCGGUUCCAAUGGGGUCGCAGCGGAGGGGGCGCUGGUAGGUCGUGCUAGUGCUGUCAAGUUCUGCAAGAAGUUCUGGGGCGCGCUGAAGGGGACUCUGCACGAGCUUCCUGCGCGCACGGUGCCCGUCAUGCUGUUGGACGCUAGCGCUAGGGUUGGCAGUGAGUUGAGUGUGGCGCUGGGGACACACAGUGCCGAUCAGGAAAAUGCCGGCGGAGUCUACUUCAGGGAGACGCUGGAGGAACACCACCUGCGCGCGGUAAAUCGCGCUGUCGGCCAGGUGGCAUUCGACGCGGAGACGCUAACGAGGCAGAGUGCGGACUCGAUAUACCUGGAGUUCCACAGCGCAGUGAUGCCAGUGGGCACGAAGCCUGCUGCCGCUGCGCCUGACCCAGGUAUCCAGGCUCGCAAGCGCAUUGCCGUUGAAGAUGGCAGCACGGAGAAGAAAGUCGACCUCGCCAUCAAGCUAGGCGUCAUCAGCUCCCAGAGGACCCGCCUCCUCGAGGCGGCGUGCACCACGCAGUUCACGAUCACGGUUGCCGGUCCCAUCUACCAAGCCAUGAAGUCCGCAUUCGAGACUGAGUACACUCCCCGAGUCAAGGGCCAGAAGGGGCAUGGUCUUGGCGCGCCUGACAGUUUCAUGUUCGCCGGAGUAUUGGUGCGCAGGCUCAUGGUAGCCAUCAACGAUCCCGUGCUGGAGGCCACUGUAGUCCAGAUGUCAAACUCUACGAAAGAAAAAGCCACUGCCUUCACGGGUCCGAGGCCCGCGGGCCACCUUGAGCUCGAGGAGCACCGCCUGGUGCCCGCCUCCAGGUCCGCCGUGCCGGCGCCGGCGAGGGACAGCGGCGCGGGCAGGAAGCGCAAGUGGCAGGAGGAGCUCAGCGGCGAGAGCGGCGGCGAGGAGGUCAACGAUGAGGAUAUGGACGAGUUCCGCAAGAGAGUAGCCGAGGAGGAGCGGCAGGAACAGCUGCAGCGCGAGAUGCAGGAGCAGCGGGCGGCGCAGGAAAAGGCGGCCCGCGAGGAGCUCGAGCGCCGCAGGGCGGAGGAGGACCGCCGGGGCGCCUCCGAAAGGCGCCGCCGCUCGACCACCCGGCGUCGGCGCCGAGCGCGCUUCCCGAAGCUUGCCCGCUGGAGUCCUCGCCUGCUCCCCCUCCAUCGAAGAGCCUAAAACGGCACACACAUCAAGUGUUCGGGGUUCCGCGCGGAUUUCCGCGACCUGCGCUGGAUCCCUGGCGACGCCGCCCCUGGCGCGCUCCGCGCGCCAGGGGGGGGGUUCAGCGCAGACCCAAGAAAUCCGCGCGGAACUUCGAUGCUCCCCCCCCCUCUUGGAGAAUCGGGUGCCCCCCAAACGGCCAGUCGGUCAGAGGGGAUUCAGCAGGGUGUUCAGACUUUCUUGCCGGUUCCUGCAAGUUUUCCUGCCUCGGGAUGCGUUCCAGCAUCUGCGCCUCGCCGAGAGCGUGCUGGGAGGGGGCCCGGAUUUCCC